AUGGCCACCAGGGGGCAGGGCAGACCUGUGGCGGUGCUGGCUUCAGGCCUGUACCAGGCAGAGCUGAGGGAGCGGAUGGCAGUACCUCCCUCCAAGGCCCUAAAGAGGACCUGGCAGGACACAGGCUGGGGCUGGGAACCCUGCCCCGGUGGGAUGCUCAGGAGGCUGCCCUUCCAGGUGAUCGUGUACGAAAUGGAGAACUUCCAGGGCAAGCGGUGCGAGCUCUCGGCCGAGUGCCCCAACCUGACAGAAAGCCUGCUGGAGAAGGUGGGCUCCAUCCAAGUGGAGUCGGGGCCGUGGCUGGCAUUUGAGCGCAGGGCCUUCCGCGGGGAGCAGUAUGUGCUGGAGAAGGGGGAUUAUCCUCGCUGGGACGCGUGGUCCAACAGCCACCGCAGUGACAGCCUCCUGUCCCUCCGGCCUCUGCAAAUCGAUGGUCCGGAUCACAAGCUGCAUCUCUUUGAGAACCCAGCUUUCGGCGGCCGCAAGAUGGAGAUAGUGGACGAUGACGUGCCCAGCCUCUGGGCUCACGGCUUCCAGGACCGUGUGGCGAGCAUCCGGGCCAUCAACGGGACGUGGGUUGGUUAUGAGUUCCCUGGCUACCGCGGCCGCCAGUACGUGUUUGAGCGGGGUGAGUACCGCCACUGGAACGAGUGGGACGCCAACCAGCCACAGCUGCAGUCUGUGCGCCGCAUCCGCGACCAGAAGUGGCACAAGCGGGGCUGCUUCCUCAGCAGCUGAAGGGCGCCCAGGCCCCAGUGGCCCAGGCCCGCCCUGGGGGGCAGCAAGGGCAAGAAGAGGCGGCUCCAGGGCCGGGGUGAGGGCCUGUCUGGCCACCCUCCCCCAGAAUCUGCUCAAUAAAGCCUGGGGCCGGUCCCCCACCUGC